AACUGGACAACAGAAGUGCGUUCCUUCCCUUUCUUCCUCCCUCCCUUCUUCUUUGCCCCCCCUUGCCCUCUCUCCCUUCCUUUCUUUUCUCCCUCCCACCCGAGGGGCUGGGGUUGGAACUUGUACCCUCUUGCUUGAGCCACACCCCAGCUGUCAGCAGAGAUUUCAACCCCUUCUCUCCGGGACCCUCUCAUGACUGAUUCUGACGCGCAGACUGUCUCCCGCAGACUGUCUCCCGCAGACUGUCUCCCGCAGACUGUCUGCACCAAGGCUUCAGCUCGUCUGGCCCUUUACUUGAUCAGCUCCUUCUAGAUCACACCCUGUGUCUUUGCCCUCUGACUUGGACUCCCUCCAGCAAUGUAAUCAUUAAUGCUUUCAGGAAACCCGCAGACAAUAGGUACCAGAGCCUGUGCCUGUCACCAACCUGAGGCAGUAUCUGCUGAAGUCUCGAGAUGGAGAGAAGCGAGGAGACAGGUGGCAAUGACAAGCCCGUAGGGCAAGAGCAGGACAGUGGGGCACAGGGGCUGACGCUGAAGAGGGAGAUUGGUCUGUGGAGUGCGGCGUCCAUGACUGCUGGCUGUAUGAUUGGUUCUGGCAUCUUCAUGUCACCACAGGGGGUCUUGGUUUACAUGGGCAGUCCUGGAGCCAGUCUUAUUGUCUGGGCAACCUGUGGCCUCCUGGCAAUGCUGGGUGCCCUGUGCUAUGCUGAACUGGGCAGCCUGAUUCCCGAAUCCGGGGGAGACUACGCCUACAUUUUGCGAACCUUUGGCUCUUUGCCUGCCUUCCUGGUUAUCUACACGUUUGUCCUGGUGGCCAGACCAGCCGCCAUCACUGCCAUCUCUCUGAGUUUCGCUGAGUAUGCCCUGGCUCCCUUUUACCCAGGCUGCUCCUCCCUCCCUCAGAUCAUGGUCAAGACUGUAGCUUCUUCUUGCAUCCUGUUGCUGCUACUGAUCAACUUCUGGAGCUCACGGAUGUCCACGGUGGUGAUGAACGUGUGUACGGCCGCCAAAGUGUUCUCAUUGCUCGUCAUUGUAGUAGGUGGGGCUGUGGUGCUGGCCCAGGGCCGUAGUCGUACAGAAUUCCUGCUGCUUGCCUUCCACAACACAACACAGCAGGCAGGGCGCAUUGGCAUGGCUUUCUACCAGGGCCUGUGGUCCUUUGACGGCUGGAAUAAUAUCAACAUGGUGGUAGAGGAGCUCAUGAACCCAAAGCAGAACCUGGUGUGGGCAGUGAUGAUUGCCAUCCCCCUGGUCACCAUCCUGUAUGUCCUGGUCAAUAUCAGUUACCUGCUGGUUAUGUCGCCCUCGGAGAUCCUCUCCUCCGACGCCAUGGCUGUGAGCUGGGGAAACCAGGUUCUGGGGUCCUGGGCCUGGCUGGUGCCCCUGGCUGUUGCACUUUCGACGUUUGGUACCGUCAAUGGGGCGUUCUUCAGCGGCAGCCGUUUGUGCUAUGCAGCUGCGAGAGAAGGUCACAUGCCCCAGCUCAUGUCCAUGAUUCACGUGAAUCGGCUCACACCAGCUCCCGCCCUGGUCUUUACCACAGCUGCGGCUUUAGUCUUGGUCAUUCCAGGAAACUUCAGCACCUUUGUGAACCUCUUGAGCUUCCUCUCCUGGCUAACCUCUGGAACCACCUUUGGCUGUCUCCUGUACUUGCGAAUAAAGACAAAGAAUCUUCCCCACACUUACAAGGUUCCCACCUUCAUUCCUGCCGUCAUGUUCCUGGUGUCUCUCUACCUGGUUCUGGCACCCAUUAUCGACCAUCCUCAGAUGGAAUCCCUGUACAUCUUCUUCUUCCUGCUCAGUGGCUUCCUGGUGUAUUUCCUGCUUUUCCACUUCCAGUGUCAGUUCAAAUGCAUGCAAGCAGCCACUAGGCAUCUCCAGCUGCUCCUGGAAGUUGCUCCAUCCACUAAAGGUCACUGACUGGAUGGUCACAGAGGUUCUGCUCUGUCCUCUUCACUAUUCCUACUGGUUAUCUGUAAACCCACUAGGUGUAAUUCUAGAAGCACCUAGUGCUGUAGUACAGUUGCUUUGGGAAUAUUUACCAGGACACUAUACCAUCUCCCUGAAAAUCUAUUCCAUUGAUACAGGGACCACCAUGUUUCACAAAAGAGCACUCUGUUGUGUCUGCUACAAACAGACAUUUAGUUGCUUUUUGUAGCCUAAGUGGAUAGCCUGGAGUGAGUCCCUUCUUUGAUUUCUGCCAUUGGAAUUCCAUAGUCUUAUUUGACCUCUGAUGUUGCUUGAGCCGAAGAAUUGUACUUCUUGGGAUUUAUAUGAGGCUAUGUGUAUCAAUUGGGUUGAGAAGUAGAGAAGGAAAGCAUAGCAAGAAGAGUGAGGAUGAUAUAUGAUCAGAUAUGCUUUAAAAGAAGGAUGUGGCACCCAAGAGGGGGCAGGAUCUGAAAGAGUGGUUUUGAUCUUUGUCCUGUGAUCCAACUGUUACUUGAUGGUAUUUCUUGAGGUUUAUGUCUUUCUUCUUUUUCUUCUUCUUCUUCUUCUUCUUCUUCUUCUUCUUCUUCUUCUUCUUCUUCUUCUUCUUCUUCUUCUUCUUCUUCUUCUCCUCCUCCUCUUCCUCCUCCUCCUCCUUCUUCUCUUCUUCCUCCUCCUCCUCCUUCUUUUUCUAUUUUUUGAAGCUAGUGAUUAACCCCAGGGCAUCAUGCAUAUACAGGUAAACACUGUAUUGUUGAUGUUUCUGGGACAACUGAUACCAUAAAAUAAAUUUCUCAUUUUGUCUCUGG